AUGGCCACCACGACAUCGUGCAGAGGAUCGUUAGAAGAUGUUUCUUCUGAUGGUCCGCAGUGUUUUUCCUGCUCGUUCGUUUCACGUCUAGAGUUCUGCGACACCUACACUCAGUGUGCGGAGGGUGAGCGAUGCCUUGUUCAAAAAAUACGAACGCAUAACGGUCAUAAUCAAUUCACUUCAAGCUGUGUCCAUAAUCAGAGUUGUACUUUGGACAGCAGCUCCAAACCGUCCUCCGGAGAUUCGACACCCUAUGGUCAGGUGACUUGUGUGGAAUGUUGUGACGGAGAUAUGUGUAACAACAAGGGGUGCGGUGACCCAGGCCCACCUGCUCGUGAAUUACGUGGACCGUAUUGUUACCAAUGUCAACAUAUGGCUGAUCCUACAGAGUGCGAGCGACUUACCAUCUGUAACUCUAACGAGGUGUGCAGCAUAGACGAAUCCGUCUCUUUCGGACACCAAUACACAAGUGGAUGCAAGCGGAAACCGGAAUGCACUGGGGAGCAUAUAAUUUUUGGCCGGUCUUUGGAGUUCAAUCCUCGAGAUUUCCAGCUCUGCCAUACCUGCUGCUCCAUCGACUUCUGUAACAGGGACUGCCAGCACCUGCACGAGAACGAUGUGAUAUCAUGGACUGACUGGGGUUCUUGGAGCUCGUGUUCAGCUAGGUGUUCUCAACAAGGUUCACAGAGCCGAGCCAGGUUCUGCCGAAGUCCCCAAGGAGAUAUAUAUUCCCAGGGCUGUGAUGGGCUUUCUAGCGAAAUCCGCAACUGUACGAAUGGCCUUUGUACAGGAUGUGAUCAGUUGUAUGAAAGCGGGGUUCAAAACUCCGGCCUCUAUACAAUAGCCCCAGCAGGAGACGAUCGGACAUUUCGAGUUGCCUGUGACAUGAACGAUACAAAAGAAAAUGGCGGCUGGACAAUCUUACAACAUAGAAAGGAAGGCAACGUCAAUUUCUCUCGAAAUUGGGCUGACUACGUUGCAGGAUUUGGGGAUCUAGAUGGGGACUUCUGGCUAGGCCUGGAAUAUAUUCAUAUGUUGACAUCACAUGGGGUCAAUCUCAUCAUUGACAUGGUUUCAGAGGCUGGUGAACUGUACCGUUAUACAUAUGAGGAUUUCAAAGUAAAUAACGCAAGCACGUCCUACCAGUUAUCAGUCGGCAAUGACACGUCACUGAACUGUACCAGAGGAGGAUACGGUCUUCAACUCAACAAUGGACAUCCUUUUGCUACAUAUGACAGACCGGAUGUAAAUAACUGUUCUACUGGUUUCACAACGCACGAACCGGUUUCCGGUUGGUGGUUCUGGAGCUGCACGUUUUUUAAUAUAAACGGACAGAUAGGUCAUCCGAAUUACGAAUGGGGAAUGGCGUUAGAUUGCCAGGGAGUAACAGUCAUGCUGAAAGAAACAACAAUGAAAAUAAAGAAUACUGACAUUUAA